AGAGAAUUUGGUAAUGGAAAAAAUAUUAAGAACCAAACAGUUAUUUGAAAGUCAAAGAAAUAGAAGUAUUUUUGUUGUAGAUCCAAGAAAUCUCGAUAACGAGCUUCCAACUGAAAUGAUGUUACAGGCUGAACAACUUAGAAAAUUAGAGAUUUUUGACUCAAAAGGUUCAUUUGGAAACAGUUAGAAAUGAAAAUACUCAAUUAAAAUUGAAAAUUGAAAGAUCGAAGAGGAGAUAAGACAAAGAAUGGAAGAAAAGAGAACAAACAAAUCUUCAACUUUUAAAAUUUAGUACCCUCAAAGAAUCACUCUUAGGAGAUCUCAAAAAUAGAUGUAAAUAGGUUAUUGAUUUAGAAUUUGUUUAAGACGAAUAUCAAGAUGGUAAUACUAAACUCACUGACCGUAUAAAGCGUUCCAAUAAACUAGGUGGAAAUGAUCAAAAGAUAAUGUCAAUUCAAACAAAGUUUGACGAAAUGACAACAUUUAAAAACCUAUUAAAUAAUGAAAAUACUAAACUCAAAUCAGAAAUUGAAAAAAUAAAGAAAUUACACAUCCUAAGAAGCCACAUAUUAUUGGUUAAAAUAAAUAAAUAAAUAAAUAGAUAAUAUAGCAACUAAUCAAAAUUAGAUACAAAAUUAAAUUAGAUUAUUGGUUUAAAUAAAAAAAUAAAUAAAAGGAAAAAAUAAAUGGUUUGACCAUCAUCAAUUUACCCAAUUUCGAUAAAUGUGAUGAUGGAACCAAUUUAAAAAUACAAAGAAAAUAAAAUUAAAAAAAAAAUUUUUUAUAAGUGUU